GCCCCUCUAGCCUUCCGUACUCGCCGCUUGCACCUCCCCCACUCGUCACCGUUUGUUACCCGGGAAACCAGCCAGAGUUCGCGCGCCUACUGGAAGCUGGUUUCAUGGCAGCCACGAAGAAAACACUUUUGGGGCCAUUGGUAGGGGCAGUGGACCAGGGCACCAGCUCGACGCGUUUUUUGGUUUUCAAUUCAAAAACAGCCGAACUACUUACUCACCAUCAAGUGGAACUAAAACAAGAGUUUCCAAGAGAAGGAUGGGUGGAACAAGACCCCAAGGAAAUUCUGCAGUCUGUCUAUGAGUGUAUAGAGAAAACGUGUGAGAAACUUGGACAGCUCAAUAUUGAUAUUUCCAACAUAAAAGCUAUUGGUGUCAGUAACCAGAGAGAAACCACUGUAGUCUGGGACAGGUUAACUGGUGAGCCUCUCUACAAUGCUAUCGUGUGGCUUGAUCUGAGAACCCAAUCUACUGUUGAGAGUCUUAGUAAAAGAAUUCCAGGAAAUAAUAACUUUGUCAAGUCCAAGACAGGCCUUCCCCUUAGCACUUACUUCAGUGCGGUGAAGCUUCACUGGCUUCUUGACAAUGUGAAAAAAGUUCAAAAGGCUAUUAAAGAAGAUACAGCCCUUUUUGGAACCAUCGAUUCAUGGCUUAUUUGGAGUUUGACAGGAGGAGCCAAUGGAGGUGUCCACUGUACAGAUGUAACAAAUGCAAGCAGGACGAUGCUUUUCAACAUUCAUUCUUUGGAAUGGGAUAAAGACCUCUGCGAAUUUUUUGACGUUCCAAUGAAAAUUCUUCCAAAUGUCCGGAGUUGUUCUGAGAUCUAUGGCCUAAUGAAAGCUGGGGCCUUGGAAGGUGUGCCAAUAUCUGGGUGUCUGGGGGACCAGUCUGCUGCAUUGGUGGGACAAAUGUGCUUCCACGAUGGACAAGCCAAAAACACGUAUGGAACAGGAUGCUUCUUACUGUGUAACACAGGCCAUAAGUGUGUAUUUUCUGACCAUGGACUUCUGACCACAGUGGCUUACAAACUCGGAAGAGACAAACCAGUAUAUUAUGCGUUGGAAGGCUCUGUAGCUAUAGCUGGUGCUGUUAUUCGCUGGCUAAGGGACAAUCUUGAAAUUAUAAAGACCUCAGAGGAAAUUGAAAAACUUGCUAAAGAAGCAGGUACUUCUUAUGGCUGCUAUUUCAUCCCAGCGUUUUCAGGGCUAUAUGCACCUUACUGGGACCCCAGUGCAAGGGGAAUCAUCUGUGGGCUCACUCAGUUCACCAAUAAAUGCCAUAUUGCCUUUGCUGCAUUAGAAGCUGUUUGUUUCCAAACCCGAGAGAUUUUGGAUGCCAUGAACCGUGACUGUGGAAUUCCACUCAAUCAUCUGCAGGUAGAUGGAGGAAUGACCAACAACAAAAUUCUUAUGCAACUACAAGCGGACAUUCUGUAUAUCCCAGUAGUGAAGCCCUCGAUGCCGGAAACAACUGCCUUGGGUGCUGCCAUGGCAGCAGGGGCUGCAGAAGGAGUCGGUGUUUGGAGUCUUGAACCUGAGGAUUUGGCAGCCGUCACGAUGGAGCGGUUUGAACCCCAGAUCAACGCUGAAGAAAGUGAAAUUCGUUAUUCUACCUGGAAGAGAGCUGUGAUGAAGUCAAUGGGUUGGGUUACAACUCAGUCUUUGGAAAGUGGUGACCCUAGUAUCUUCUGUAGUGUACCCCUGGGCUUUUUUAUAGUGAGUAGCAUGGUAGUGUUAAUCGGAGCAAGGUACAUCUCAGGUACCCCGUAAAUGAUACCAACUUAUGGAGUCCAACAAUGCAAGCUCUUUACCUAAUGAGAGAAUCCAGCUAUUUGGUCUCUUAAUGUGAUGAUACUAUUCAUAGAUUGAUUUUAUUUAUAAGCCACUUGCUGCAUGACCUUUGAAGUAGACCUGUGGCUUGAAAUAAUGAAAAU